GUUGUUCUACCAUGGACACAGACAUGAUACCAACAUUCACUUCAAAAGACCAGGAGAUUGACUACUGGAAGGCCUUAUCCCUCAAGUAUAAGAACAGUUACCAUGAGGCCCAGGAGGAGUUGCUGGAGUUUCAGGAAGGGAGCAGAGAGCUGGAGGCAGAGUUAGAGGCCCAGCUAGGACAGGCUGAACACCGCCUCAGAGACCUGCACACAGAGAACCAAAGACUGAAGAGCGAGUUGGACAACCUCAAGGAGAAGUUGGAGCAGCAGUAUUCUCAGAGCUAUAAGCAGGUCUCCAUGUUAGAGGAUGACCUGGGACAGACCAGAGGAAUCAAGGAACAGCUUCAUAAAUAUGUCAGAGAACUGGAGCAGGCCAACGAUGACCUGGAGAGAGCCAAGAGGGCGACCAUCGUAUCUCUGGAGGACUUUGAGGGUCGUCUGAACCAGGCCAUAGAGAGGAAUGCCUUCCUGGAGAGUGAGCUGGAUGAGAAGGAGUCUCUACUGGUCUCAGUACAGCGACUAAAGGAUGAAGCCAGAGACCUGAGACAGGAGAUGGUGGUGAGGGAGAGGACUGCAGACAGGAUGUCAGCCCCCAGCUCUCCUACCCUGGACAUGGACAGGAUGGACUCUGCUGUCCAGGCCUCCCCGUCCCUGCCUGUCACCCCUGUAGGGAAGGGCAUGGAACACCCGUUCAUCAACCCUAAAGUGUUAACAAAUGGCUGUGGGCCUGGCGGCUCACCUUUGACCCCAUCAGCAAGAAUCUCUGCUCUUAAUAUCGUUGGGGACCUUCUUAGAAAAGUGGGGGCGCUGGAGUCCAAGCUAGCUGCAUGUAGGAACUUUGCCAAGGACCAGGCGGUGAGGAAAACCUACUCCACGUCGUCCACCAACAUGAUCACUGGGAACGGAAACCUCAUCAACAGCAACGCCACCAAGUUCUCUCACUCACUACACACCACCUACUACGACAAAACGGCUGUGAAUGGACUGGACCCCAGCACCCUGAGUGCCCUGGCGUCGCCCCGGACUGUCUCCCCUCCUGGCAUGCUGCCUCUCACCGUUUAGCAUGGCCCCCACCUCUGUACAAGCUCCCCGCAGAACAAGGUUACCCUCAUCCUUCACCCCAACCCCC